UCCGGAUCUGAGCCUCCCGCAGAGGAGUGCCGAAUGACGCCACGGCACGCUGGCUGUGAUGCCUCUGAGAUGCACAGGAUACUCAUUCAAUCAGCAUUUAGUAAGCAUCUACUUCGUGCCACACACCUAGUUCGCAAAUAUGUAAAAGCACCAGUCCUCAUUCCUCAUUGCAAGAAGCACUGUAGAAGAGGAAUUACAGCCAAAUACUUAAAAGCGGAGGCGGGGAGGUGCCUUGCACAAAAAAAAAAAAAAAAAGGAGGGGCGAAUUUUAGUGUUCGGUUGUCAGGAAAGUCAUGGAAAACGAUGGGCUGUUCAACAAACGGAAAGAGGAGAGGCCACUUAAAUAUUUAUUAG